UGUCAACAUGAACUUUACUAGUUCAGUUCGAGUUUAACAUCGACCAGUAACACCGGAGGCCGUCGACAUGACCGAUAAAAAUUCACUUUUGGCACUGCUCCAGCGACCACUUGAGCCAACAUUUCUGCCCAAGGAUGAUGGUAAGACGGUUCUGAUUAUCCCGGAGGAAUAUAUGAGUGACCGCUAUCGGCCAUUGAGUACGGAUAUUCAACAGCGGUUCACCGGAGGAGCUGAUGUGGAAAUUCCGGUGCGAAAUGUUGGCAUUCCAGAUAUAGCUUUCGCCGAAGUAAUCGACCGUCGUGGUGCAUUUUCUUUGUUUAUUGAAAAACACCGCGAUAUCGCAGGUCGGUUAAUCAAUCUGUUCAUGACCCAGCCGGAUGUAACGUCGCUGAUGGCCGUUGCAACUUACGCCCGGGAGAGGCUGAACCCGAACCUGUUCCAGUACGCGCUAACGGUUGCAAUUCAGCAUCGUCCAGACACUAGGGAAUUACCAAUUCCUUCCAUCAUUGAGCUGUUUCCGGACCAGUUUGUCGAUCCAUCGGUAUUCCCAAAGUUACGAGAAGAAGGCAAUGUUGUGGAGCAAGCGAAACGUACAACCAUUGACAUUGAGCCGAACUUUACUGCUUCCGAUCGAGAAGUCGAGCAACGAUUGGCCUAUUUCCGAGAGGAUAUUGGAAUUAACAUGCACCAUUGGCACUGGCAUUUGGUAUACCCAGCGGGAGCAACUCCGGAAAUCGUUCGAAAGGAUCGUCGCGGUGAAUUGUUCUAUUACAUGCACAGUCAGAUCAUUGCACGCUAUAAUGUGGACCGAUUCUGUAACCGGUUGGCACGCGUUCGACCGUUAACAAACUACCGCGAGGCAAUCUCGGAAGCGUACUUCCCGAAGAUGAUUCGCAGUUCGAACAAUCGUGCAUACCCAGCACGUGCCGCAGACUCCGUCCUGCGGGAUUUGAAUCGUGUCGAUAACGACACGAUUGUUUCCGUGAAUGACCUACAACGGUGGACAGAUCGAAUCCAUCAAGCGAUCGAUCAGAAGUUUGUGGUUGAUUCAACAGGUAAGAACAUACCGCUUGAUGAAGUCAAAGGAAUCGAUAUUUUGGGGGAUUUGGUAGAAGCUUCUACACUAAGUGUAAACCGUAGAUUGUACGGAAGUCUGCACAAUUUCGGACACGACGUGUUGGCGUACAUUCAUGAUCCUGAUUAUCGUUAUUUGGAAGACUUUGGCGUUAUGGGCGAUGUUUCAACGGCUAUGCGUGACCCUGUGUUCUACCGUUGGCAUGGAAUGAUUGAUGGAAUCUUCCGCAAGUUUGUCGAAUCUCUGAAUCCAUACACUUCGGGUCAACUUAAUUUCCCGGGAAUCAAGGUUAACGGUAUCACCGCUCGAAUCAACCGAGCGAAUGCUCCAGCAAAUGUUUUACUUACCUACUGGCAGAAAUCUCAGGUUGAUCUUGCUGCUGGUCUAGACUUUGGCCCGAAAGGAAACGUUUUCGCUAGCUUCACCCAUCUGCAACAUGCACCGUUUGCUUAUGAGAUUAAGGUAAAUAAUUCUUCGGGAUCUCCAAAACGGGGCACAGCUAGAAUUUUCAUUGCACCCAAAGUAGACGAAAGAGGCACCACUUUGGCAUUCCGUGAACAACGGUUACUCUUUAUAGAGUUGGAUAAGUUUGGAGUGAACUUAAGACCCGGAGACAACACCAUCACUCGCAGAUCGGAUCAAUCUAGCGUCACCAUUCCGUACGAGAGGACAUUCCGUCGAAUUGGCACUGCACAGCAACCAACCGAUCCAAGACAAAGAGAGCACUUCCGCUUCUGCGGUUGCGGCUGGCCCCAGCACAUGCUUAUUCCAAAAGGUGCCCCCGAAGGUGUGCAGUUCGAUUUGUACGUUAUGAUCUCGAACUUCGCAGAUGACACCGUAAACCAGGAUUUCGAUGAAAACGUCGAUUGCAACGAUGCUCAUUCGUUCUGUGGACUGCGAGACAAAUUGUACCCGGAUAAGCGAGCUAUGGGCUUCCCGUUCGAUCGUUCGACUCCGGCGGCCGUCACGACGUUGAAUCAAUUCAUCGGCUCGAACAGCAAUAUGGCCACGACCAGUGUUCAGAUCAAAUUCACCAAUACUGUUAUUGCUAGAACAUAGAUUGAAUGAACCAAACUGAUUCCGACAUAAAAAGUACAUAGUUUUGUGAUGCCUUCAAUAUUACAUACCUAUCAAUUAAAAGGGAACAUUAUAUUAAAUCAAUUAUUUUAUUAGAAUAGCAAAUA